CUUCGUUGAGCCAUCAUUUGUGGCCAGGUCGCUUCUGAAAAAAGAGCUACACAGCUCAGUGGGCCUUAACCUGGUACAAUAAAAAUAGUCAUAGUUUUACACCCCGUGACCCAUUAACCACAUCACGUGACCAUUACGUAUGUCACAUGAGCCUCUCGGCGUGUUUGUAAAACUGGCGGUGAACCUUGACCCCCAAUAGCCUUAACCCCCCCUCCAGGCCGCCAUGACCUCCACAAACCCUGACAUCAAUAAACCCCAGCACCACUAACCCCUUGACCCUGUAUUGACCCUUCACUGACCCCUGCUGCAGGCGCGUGUGACCAGGUGCUGGCGAACUUGGCCAACUUCGCGUCGGACCCGACCCAGGCCCCUUUCCUGCUGGCGCUGCAGGUCCCCGCGCUCUUCAGCGAUGCAGCGACCAGCAGUAGAGAGAGAACGGCGGAGUUCGGCAUGGGAGGCCUGUGUAACCUGUCCGCGGACCCGCGCUGCCGGGACGCCAUCGAGGCGGCGGGGGGCGUGGAGGCGGCGGUGCGCUGCCUGUCGCGCGCGAGCGAGGAGACGGUGCUCUCGGCCAUCACCGCGCUGGUGCUGCUGCACCAGCAUCGGCACCAACGACAGCAGCGCGGGCCGUGGGCGGCGCUCCCCGUGGUGCAGUGCAUGCUGCGCCUGCAGCAGGCGAAGAGCGCCCGCCUCCGCACGCUCGCAACCCUCUUCCUCCAGGACUGCUGCAGCCCCGCGCAGGUGGAGGAGGCACACAAGACUGAGAGCCAAUCCGCCGUGGGGAUCCCCCUGCCCCCAGGGCCACCCCCAACCACAGACCUAAGUUCGGGCAGGGGACCGUGAGGGGAGGGAGAAGGGAGGGGGGGACUGGGCUCCACGAACCCAGGCCAAUGUCUUUUCUGGGGAUAGCACCGGGGCGGCCCUGGGCCAUGGAGACUGUGGGUUUGGUGCUUCCCGUUCAGCAACAAGAAUGUUGAGUGUUUCUCGCGCGUCCGUAACCACAUCGUACAACGUUGCGCAAUCCUCACACACGGAGCCGCGCGCGUGCUUAUGCACGAAAGGAAAACCAGAGAGCACCUGGAGAAAACCCGCACGUGCAAGGUGGGGCAACACUCUAUCCCGUAUAGGUGGGACACAUGAAGAUGAAUCCACGCUUGCUGUACUGCCUUCUCCUGAGCGAGCCAUGGGUAUGGCGGCACCUCCUCGACCCCCACGGGAAGGGAGUUUCGCGACAUCUGUACUGCGAUCCACCAGGCCUCGCUCCUGCUGCCUCCACAGGCAGCCACGCGUGGCGUAGACAACCUCUGCUCAGCCAUACCGAGGUGCAGAGUUGUGGUUAAUGAAGCGAUUGUAAAUAAAUAUAUUUUUUAAACAA